UAUAAAACCUUUUCUGGACCUUCUUCGUCUUCUUUUACCGCCUUCUUUUGGUCUUUUUGUCUGCUUUCUGCUGCCGGAAUUCCUACCCUUCCUGUUGUUCUUUGGCAAACAUACUUCUCCUGAACCAUGGCGAGGACCUUGACGACGCGAAUAACUAAUAAUGUCUAUAUCAUUGGCGCCUUCGCCGCCAUUGCCGGUAUCAUGUUUGGCUUCGAUAUUGGUAGCAACUCCGGUGUUAUUGGAACUCACCAAUAUCGUACAUACUUCAACAAUCCAGACGAUCUGCUUCAGGGCGGUAUCAACGGUGCUUUGAGUGCUGGUUGCUUUGUCGGUGCACUGUUUGCCGGUUUCCCUGCUGAUAAAUACUCUCGUAAAUUUACUCUGAUCGGUGCCUCAGUUCUGUUCGUCAUCGGCUCUGUUUUCCAGGCCGCUGCUAACGGUGUUCCUCUUCUCUGUGUUGGCCGUGUACUUAACGGUUUGUCUGUUGGUGUCACUUCUAUGGUCGUACCGCUUUAUCAGUCAGAAAUUGCUCCCAAAGAAAUUCGUGGUCGUAUUGUUGCUGUGCAGCAAUGGAGUAUUACCUGGGGUAUCAUGAUCUCUUUCUGGAUUCAAUAUGGUUCUCAAUUUCUUACAGGUGAAAGCUACACUGCUGCUUUCCGUAUCCCAUGGGCUAUCCAAGCCGUUCCUGCCCUUGUCUUGCUCUCCGGUAUGUGGGCUUUCCCUCACAGUCCAAGAUGGUUGGCCGACAAGGGCCGUAUGGACGAAGCCAUCCAAGUCCUUGCUGACAUUCAUGGUGACGGCGAUGUCAACCACGAACGUGUGCAGCUUGAAAUCCAAGAAAUUGAAGUCGUCAUCAAGUUUGACCGCGAGCAGGCCUCGCAUCGCUACGCCGAUAUUCUCAAGCCACAGUAUGCUUACCGUGCAUCUCUUGGCGUCUUCUUGCAGAUCUGGCAGCAGCUGACUGGUAUGAAUAUUAUCAUGUUCUACGUCGUCUUGCUCUUUGAGCAGGCCGGUGUUGGUGACAGUCAGGAAGCUACCUUGGUUUCUGCUGGUGUCAACUAUGUCGUCAACGUUGUCAUGACCGUUCCUGCCAUUCUCUGGGUCGACAAGUGGGGUCGUCGUAACACUAUGAUCUUUGGUGCCCUUAUGAUGAGUCUGUUCUUAUGGAUUGUGGGUGGUCUCAUGAGCCAAGGCGAAUGGUACAUUGCAGAAGAUACUGGCAAGUGGCAGAUGCGUAUGGAUAACCACGCCAAGGCCAACGGUAUGGUCGCCUGUGUCUACCUCUUUGUCGCUUCCUUUGCAUGCACCUGGGGUCCCUUGGGCUGGAUCUACCCUGCUGAAAUCUUCCCUCUCCGUAUUCGUGCCAUCGCUGUGUCGUUAUCCACCUCUGCUAACUGGCUCUUCAACUGGGUCCUCAACUUUGUUGUUCCUUUGCUGAUGCAGCGCAUUCGCUUUGGUUUGUAUAUGCUUUUCGCUGGUUUCAACUUCUUGAUGGCUGUCCACGUCUUCCUUGCUUAUCCUGAAACCAAGGGCUUCACUCUUGAAGAAAUGGAUAUCGUUUUUGAACAGAACCCACGCAAGAAAGUGGACCGUGCUUUUGUCGAAGCCGAAUUGGCUCGCCGUGCUGGUUACGAGCAUCGGCACGAAACCGCUUCCAACGAAAAGACAGAAGACAUUGUCUAAAAACACCUUCCUUUCUCUUUUCCUCACACACACACACACACCUUAACUCUCUUUCUUCCUUGAUACUAUCUCUUCCCGACAGUUUAUGCAGUUUUUUGUACUAGAUAUAAUAUCCCAUUAUUUUUGCAAAGUAGAGACUUAUUGUCAGCUUUAGGCUACUACAACAACAGCCAUUUUACCUCGCUAUUCUACCUUUUCGAGUCUCUUUCUUUAAUAUAAUUGAUGACAAUUAAAAUCACCAAGUAGUCGUGCAAUAAAACGACCCUUCUUACGAAUUAGUCGAAAA